AUGUUCAACGUAACGCUAGACACCGGCAGCUCAGAUCUCUGGGUGCCUUCUUCCAGUUGUCCAAAAUCAACUUGCUUGUAUUCUAGAUUUAUAGAAAAAGAGUCUUCCACCUUGAAUCUGACAAAAAAAGUAUUUGAUGUGCAAUACGGUAGUGGAUCAGCGAAAGGGCUUGUAGCUUACGAUACAGUGACCAUUGGCAACAAUCUCUCAUCUGCAAAUCAAGUCAUUGGCCUGGCUAAUACAGCAUCUGGCAUGUCGGCCUCGUCCAUCACAAGAGUGAGCGGUAUCUUGGGCUUGGGAUUUCAAGGCCUACUGAGAGACCCUUCAGAGGACACAUUUAUACAGAAGCUACUCAGAAAUCAAGUCAUCAAGGAGCCUGUAUUCUCCAUUUACUUGAAUCGACAAGCAGACUAUGGCUACACAGGCGAGAUUGUGAUUGGCGGUUACGAGACGAGUCGAUUUACAGGCACAUUGAGCUUUCUUCCUGUGGUCAACUACAACAAACGCGGUCAACCUAAUCUUGGGAGAGUGCACACCGAUAACAAUGACGAUAUGAUGUACAAGUAUUGGACAGUGCCAGGACAAGCCGUGGCAAGUUACACGUCCGAUGGUUCCAAAAUCUACGAAACGCGAUUCCCUGAUGUUCAACCAGCGAUAUUAGACACAGGCACCACAUUGUCGUAUUUACCACAGGAGAAUGUUGUAGAGAUCUUGGAGACAAUCACUAAAGACUAUGCGCCACUCAAGCUAAAUGGAGGAGCAGUUCAAGCCUAUCAGGUCAACUGCAGCGAUUUUAUCACGCAGGAAAUGUGGUUUGAUUUCCAGUUCUCACCCUCAGUGAACACAUUUUCGAAUUCGCCAGUGAUUAUUCGUGUGCCACUCAAGGAGCUUGUGUUGCCUCAGAACACAGAUGAUAUAAAUACAGCGACCACAUGUUUAUUUGGACUUGCUCCUAUUUCCAGUGGAUUCCUGUCGUCUAUUGGGUCUGGAUGGAUUCUCGGACAGACGGUUCUGCGCAGUGCGUAUGUUGUACAUGACAUGCUAGAGUAUCAAAUUGGUAUUGGAGCAGCAGCAAAUGGCUAUUUUUCGCCUACCAUGGCGGCAUCAUUGUCAGUUACUAAAUUAGCAUUUCAUCAUCAUUAUUGCUUUGUAUUUUUAUCGUUGCUCAUCACUAUAAUAAAUAGCUUACUUGUGUAA